AUGUCAGGCCCUUCUGCGGUUGUUGCUCCAGCGAUGGGGCCAGCACAGAUUGGAGAAGCAGCGGACGGGAGGAAAGCCAAGAGGGAAUUAUCUCAAUCCAAACGCGCCGCUCAGAACAGGGCCGCUCAAAGGGCAUUCCGUCAACGCAAGGAGGGAUACAUCAAAAAGCUCGAGCAGCAAGUCAGAGAUUACGGCGAAAUGGAGAUCACCUUCAAGGCGCUCCAGGCCGAGAACUAUGCGCUACGGGACUAUGUCCUUCGCCUGCAGUCUCGAUUGCUCGACACCCACGGCGAAUACCCCCAGCCGCCCGCGGGCAUCAACCUUGCCCACCCCAGCAACCAGGCGGCACAGCCCACCUCCGGGGGUCCUGAAGCGCCUCAAACCAACGCCGCUCCCGCACCAAGCUCGAAUCCGCUCGAGGUGGCCGCCCAGGCGGUUGCCGGGCUCAGUCGCAACGAGAAUUACGCACCCGCCCGCACCGACGACGAUGCGAGGACCGCUGAGGAGAUUACGCGGCAGCUGCAGUCGGACGGCGGGCCGGAUGGGUUGCCUGCCGCGCCAAUGUAG